AUGUUUAACCCUGACAUCAAUGAUUAUCAAUUGACUUCGAUCAUAUCUGAGUGCUGUGGUGGUAUUGCAGUUGUUUAUUCAGCUAUUCACAAGCCAGAUAAUCAAAAUGUCGCUAUCAAGAGAUAUUUUGUUGACAAGUCGAAAGAAAAGGCCAAUUUGAUACAGCAAGACAUACUAACUCGGAAGGAGCUGCAGCACCCCAACAUCCUCCCAUACCUGACGUCAUUUGUUCAUGGCCAGGAACUAUAUGUGGUGUCUCCCCUGAUGGAACUCGGCUCUUGCAGGGACAUCCUGGAUAGAUACUUCCAAGAGGGUUUGCCGGAGUUGGCCUGUGCCAUAAUAUUGAGGGAUGUGUUAGCCGCUCUACAGUAUUUGCAUAAACAAUUUUAUGUCCAUAGGAGUGUAAGAGCGAGCCAUGUGCUGUUGGACAGACAUGGUAACGUUUGCUUAUCUGGUCUGAGGUCUGCAGCCAGCAUGAUGGUGCGAGGCAGGCGACAGAAGCACUUGCACAGCUUGCCUCCGCCUGAUCAUGAUAAUGCCAAUCUCAUGUGGCUGAGCCCGGAGUUAUUGGAACAGAAUCUCAAAGGCUACGACGAGCAGUCGGACAUCUACUCCCUGGGUGUGCUGUGUUGCGAGCUGGCCAAUGGUGCGGUGCCGUUCGCGGAAGUGCCAACCACACUCAUGUACACGGAGAAAGUGAGAGGCAACAGGCCGCAGCUGUUGGACUGCUCCUCGUUCCCGGAACCACUUGAUGAUGGUGAAAUGAAAAGCAUGUACAACACGGACAGCGGCGUAGGCGACAGCGCGGAGGGCGUGUGGCGCGCGCGGCUCGUGUUCGCGCGCCGCAAGCUCUCCGACCCCUUCCACCGCCUGGCCGACGCCGCGCUGCACCGCGAUCCAGACAAGCGGCCGUCAGCAACUCAGCUGUUGAAUCAUCCGUUUUUCAAACAAAUCAGGAGGACAGACUACCUUCCCAGCCUCAUUGGUAGGGUUCAACCAAUCAAACCGGAUCAGAAUGACAUAUCAGCGUUAUUAUUAGAAGAGAAGUUGUCGGAAAUGAACAUGGAGAAAACUACGGAGUGGGACUUUUGAGACAAUAAAUUAAUUAUUAGAUGACCAAUUAAUAGAUAUUGUUGUUGUAUUUAAAUUGCCUCAAU